AAUGCUAAUUAAACCAAGUGUUACGGAGUACUCUUUUGAUCACUUAUGAGCUACUGAGAAAUUAUUAAUCAAGAAAAUGGACAUAUCAGUGGAAGAAGAAGAAGUAUUUGAGCCAGCAAGUCCAGGCUCUCAAUAUUUGAAUAGCUCCAACUUAUCACUAUCUGUGAUUGCUGUGUUGGAAUCAAAAAUUCCAAUUGAAUAUGAAGAGUCACUAGCCAUAAAUUUACUCAAGGAUGUAUUUGUACCUAUAAAUCCACGGUUUUCCUCAAUCAUGGUCACGGGAAAGAAAGGAACAAGAAAAUGGAAGCGAGUCGAAGUGAACUACCAAGACCAUAUCAAAACCCCAGUAUUUCCAACUCAAAAGCCACUCAAUUUCUACGACGAGUGCUUCUCAAAUUACAUAUCAAACUUGACCGUGGAACAAUUCCCACAAAAUCGACCACUUUGGGAAAUUCACAUAUUCAAAUAUCCAACAAGUGAUGCAGCUGGAAGUAUAAUUUUCAAACUCCAUCAUUCACUUGGUGAUGGAUAUUCAUUAAUGGGAGCUCUUCUUUCUUGUUUACAAAGAGUUGAUGAUCCUUCACUUCCUCUAACAUUUCCAUCACGCCAAAGAACGAAUUUGAGUAAUUCGAAUAAAAAUCGAGGUUUUGUUCGUAUUUUUAAAAGUGUGCCUAGAUUUUUCAAGGGAAUUGCGAAUACAGUGUAUGAUUUUGGAUGGACUACUUUGAAGAGCACUAUGGUUGAAGAUGAUCGGACGGCGAUUCGAUCAGGUGAUGGCGUUGAGUUCAGGCCGAUUGCUUUCGGUACCAAAACAUUUUCACUUGAUAGCCUUAAACAAAUUAAGGACAGCUUGAACGUGACAAUAAACGAUGUGAUAACGGGGAUAGUGACAUACGGAACAAGAUUAUACAUGCAAGAGGUAAACCAAGAAUCAUGCAACGGAAAAUGUAAUGCUUUGGUUUUAUUCAACACAAGGGCACUUGGUGGUUACAAGUCAGUGAGUGACAUGAUAAGACCUAAUUCUGAUAUGCCAUGGGGAAAUCACUUCACUUUUUUGCCUGUCUCAUUGCCAAAGUUAUCUAGUUUGGCUGAUGGUAAUCCUCUUGGCUUUGUUCGAAAAGCUCAUCGAAUCAUCGAAAGGAAAAGAAAUUCUGGAUCUAUUUGGCUUACUAGUAAAUUGCUUGAUUUCUUGAGAAAGCUAAAGGGUCCCGAGGCGACAGCUCGAUUUAUUCAUGGAACAUUGAAAAACACAAGCAUGGCAUUGACAAAUUUGAUAGGGCCACUGGAAGAGAUGGCUUUGGCUAAUCAUCCUGUUAAAGGAUUGUAUUUUAUGGUGACUGGUGCUCCACAGAGUUAUUCAGUGACGAUGGUGAGUUAUGUGGAUAAGCUUAGAAUUGCAAUCGUAGUGGAGAAAGAUUUUAUAGAUCCAAAUAAGUUGAAAUCCUGCAUUGAGGUUGCUUAUGAUUCAAUUUUCAAGGCUGCAGUCAACUCUUCUACAGUGGUAAAAUAGGAGCAACUCACUAGGGUUAAUUUCACAAAUUGUCAUAUAUAACGGGUUCUCCAUUUUUUCCCAAAGGUCAUUUGUUAAAAUAAAAAUAAAAAAGUGGAAUGUGCCACUUCAGCAAAAAAUAUUUAAGCCAACCGAAUGUUUACAUUUCCGCUAUCGUGAUUAUUUUAUCACCAUGGUGAAUUGGUGACAGUGUUGUAAUUUUUAUGUUAUAAAGCAAACCUGUGUAAUAUUGAUGUAAAGAUGUAUAGGUUAUAGAAGCCUAUGAUUUUAUGUUCUUUUUAUUUGAUU